GCAGUGGACCCGUACUUCCGGACGUAUAGCGCCCCUCCCCCAGCCCCCGGCAAGGUAACUAGACGCUUCUGUUGAUUUGAUUGGUGGAGCUGGAGCGCAAGUCUCCUCUGAUUGGUGUUCGGGAAAUCUGCGCGUGUUGGCGCGGAGGCCGGCCGAGAGUCAGACUAGUCGGCUUUCCUGCUGGCUCUGAGUGUUGGCGGCACGAUCAUGGUGGACGUAGUGGAACUUCCCAAAGCGCGCAUCAACGCCAGCAUGCUAGCGCAGUUCAUCGACCGACCCGUGUGCUUCGUGGGGAAGCUGGAAAAGGUGCGCGGGAUCGGGCAAGAGAGCGAGACACCAUGGCCACCCGGGAGUGGCUGGGGAGGGCGAAAACAGAUUCAUCCCACUGGAAAAAUGUUUAUUCUUUCAGAUGGAGAAGGAAAAAAUGGAACCAUUGAAUUGAUGGAGCCACUUGAUGAAGAAAUCUCUGGAAUUGUGGAAGUAAUUGGAAAAGUCACAGCCAAGGCAACCAUAAUGUGUGCAUCUUAUGUCCAGUUUAAGGAAGAUUGUGUUCGCUUUGGUUGGAUAACAACAAUGGAGAGAGCAGGCUUCCUGCCAUGGCCACAGAGCCAGAAGAGAAGAGUCAGAAAAUCUACAAGGAGGAAGACACAGAGGAGAACAGUAUGUGUGUGCACCUGCCUGCCUCAUGCCACAGUGCCCUUGUGGAGUCUGUGCACCAGAUGUGUGAAUAAUGACUGAGGUGGUCAAGAAGAGGACGUUGGAUCUCCAGACCAGCAUCCAGUGCUCUUAACUGCUGAGCUACUUCUCCAGCUCCUGUAUUUUUAACUCCUAACUUUCAGAGGGACAGUCUGGAACAGGCUACUUAUUGUGUACAUUUUUCCUUUUUAAAUGAAACUGACAUAUUAAAGUCUUCCUUGCUACAAAGAGGUAAUUUUUUUUAAAGAUCAA